AUGAGCGAGAUAGAGGGUAUGUCUCGUACUGGGACUGGUACAAAAAAGAUUGGUUGCCCAUUUAUGUUGCAAGGAGUGAAAUUAAAAAAGGACGAUGAUUGGGGUGUGAAAGUUAUAUGUGGAUCUCAUAAUCAUCCACCAGCAGAACAACUUGAGGGUCACUCAUUUGCGGGAAGAUUAAGUAAAGAAGAAGAGACUAUGUUGAUUGACAUGACGAAGAAUAUGAUACGGCCAAGAAACAUACUUCUAGCCAUAAAGGAAAAAAAUAAAGAAAAUGUGUCUACAAUGAGGACGAUAUACAAUGCUCGUCAUAGACAUAAAAUUGUUGAAAAAACAGGCAGAUCACAAAUGCAACAACUUAUGAAAAAGUUGUAUGAGUGCAAAUAUGUGGAAUGGCACAGGAGUAAUUAUUUGACUGACUGUAUUAGAGACUUGUUUUGGGCACAUCCUUCAUCCGUGGAUAUAUUGCAUGCAUUUCCAUCGGUGUUGAUUAUGGAUUGUACUUAUAAAACUAAUAGAUACGGUCUCCCAUUGCUAGAGAUAGUUGGUGUGACGUGUACAGAUCUCACUUUUACCAUAGCAUUUGUCUACAUGGAGGCAGAGCGUGAAGAGAACUAUACAUGGGCUAUGGAGAAGUUGAAAGGUCUAAUGCCAUCAAAUAUAUUGCCUAAGGUAAUUCUAACUGACAGAGAUUUGGCGUUGAUGAAUCCUAUUAAAAGAGUGUUUCCAGAAGCAACAAAUCUUUUAUGUAGAUGGCAUAUCAUGAAAAAUGUGCUUGCUCAUUCAAGGAAAAUAUUUCGACGCAAAAAAAAGUAUGAGGCUUUUAUGUUAGCUUGGGGUGUACUCGUGCUUUCGUCAUCUGAAAAUGACUAUGCUCAAAAUUUGGAGUCUCUUGAUAAUGAUUAUAAAGAUUAUCCGCGAAUUUUGAAAUAUAUCAAAGAUACUUGGUUGAUACCUUAUAAAGAAAGAUUUGUAGCAGCUUGGACAGACAGAGUUAUGCACUUCGGAAAUUUAACAACAAAUAGAGCUGAGAGCGCACAUGCAACGUUGAAAAGAUGGUUGGGUUCAUCUCAAGGUGAUUUUGAUAGUUCAUGGAACACAAUUAACUCCUUAAUUGAGUUGCAACACACUCAAAUCAGAGCUUCGUUUGAGCAAAGUUUGAAUGUGGUUGAACAUAAUUUCAAGCCUACGUUAUUUAGAGACUUACGGGGAUUGAUUUCUAGGAAGGCGCUAAAUGAGAUUCUUGAUGAGUCAAAAAGAGCAAACAAUGUAGGAGUUGACAUUACAUUAUGCAAGUGCAUUAUCAAAAGUACACAUGGAUUGCCUUGUGCGCAUGAGAUUGCUGAGUGUCAGAGGAAUCUUUGUCCCAUUUCCAUUUCAAAAAUUCAUCCUCAUUGGUUGAAGUUGAACUUAGAAAAAUCUCAGCCUAGUUGUGAUUUAUUUGAAGUGAGCAUUGAUGAUGAAAUGAAAACUAUAUGGUCACGUUUUCAUGCGUCUGACGAAAUAGGAAAGUUGACACUGAAGAGAAAGUUAAGAGAUCUUGGCAAUCCGGCCACAACAUUUCUUACUCCACCAUUGGAAAAAUGUAAAACAAAAGGCCGUCCUUUGUUAAAAAAAUUUGGUUCAACUCGUCGUGAUCCCUCAUACUUUGAAGUUGUUGAGGCUGAACUUAGUGAAAAACCGGUUACCAUUAAAAAGCCAAAGAAACAAACUGUAAGAAGACCCAACCGUCAUAUGCGUUAUUUGAAUUCUUUUCCGUUCUAUAUACAACCACAUAUUCGUGGUAUACUUGAUGUCGAAGCAGAUGGACAUUGUGGUUUUCGUGCAAUUGCUGGUCAGCUUGGUUUUGGGGAGGAUUGUUGGUUAAAAGUUCGAGAAGACUUAGUUGAAGAGUUGUGUCAUCAUCGAUCUUAUUAUACCAAGUUCUAUGGAUCAGGAGAACUUGUUGCUCAGUUGUUGAAAGCUUUAUCUUAUUUUACGAUUCCAGCCCCAUAUGAAAAUUGGAUGUCUUUACCGGAUAUGGGUCAUUUGGUUGCCACAAGAUAUAAUGUGGUAUUCAUUUCUAUUUCUAAACAACAAAGCUGCACAUAUCUUCCUUUACGGUCCAGCUCGCCGCCGCCGCCACAAUGUAAGAUAAUAGCGAUUGGAUUUGUGAAUGGCAGUCAUUUUGUACAGGUUUUGUUGGAUAAUGUUGCACCGAUACCUCCUAUUGUGCCUAAUUGGAGAUACUGUCGGCUUGAAUCUGCAGCAGGGUGGGAUAUCCCUUUUUUAGAUCGCAUCAAUGAAUUUAAAGCACUGUUACCAAUAGAGUCAAAUUCUGGUUGUGAAAAGAUCAUCAACUUAGAUGAUCCAUAA